AUGAAGCUCCUCACCAAGGAACAAGAAGCUGAACAUUACCGCCAGACCCUCAUCGGUGGCACCAUCGGCGGUCUCGCAGGUCUUGCCGUAGGUUUCGUCGGUGUGGCCUUCGCUCAUCGACGUUACCACUUCUUCCGGAACCUCACGCUCCCUCUCAAAGCAUUUCUUGUUACAUCGGCCGGCACCUUCGCCGGCAUCGUCAAUGCAGACCACUACUCCCGUGCCUACGAGGCCUCUCAGAACCCCCAAGAGGUCGCAUACCGCCAGCGCCAAUCCGAACAGGCGACCUUGGAAAAAGCAAACAAGACAUGGACCGAGCGAGCAAUGGACUUUGGUCGAAAAGAACGGUACAAGAUUGUUUUCGGAUCAUGGGUUGGCUCCAUGUUUGCCGCCUUUGCCCUGGUUAACAGAAACAAAUUCCUCACCGGACAGCAAAAGAUUGUACAGGCAAGAGUUUACGCCCAAUUCCUCACCGUUGGUGUCUUGAUCGCAACCGCCGCAUUCGAGAUCGCCGAUCAAAGAAGCGGACAGAACAGGUGGGAGACAGUCAGAUAUAUCGAUCCCACUGAUCCUGAACACAAGCGCAUGUUGGAGAAACAGGUCGAGAGAGACACUUCAAACCAGGGAACCGGCAGUGGAGACGAUGAUCUGUGGAAGGAGAUGGUCGAGCAGGAAGAACAACGAUUGAAGGCCAGGGAGGAGUAUGAGAAAGAGCAUCACAAGAGGCACAAGAACGGCAACGGCAAGAAGAAGCAAGAGCAAGAGCACAAGGAAUAG